AUGGACGAUCAGAUCGAAAAACAAAUACAACUAAUCAAGUUGAAAAGAAUUCAAGAAUUAAACAAUCGGCUCAAGGAGACUUUGAAACGAGAGAGAAUACCAGCAUCUAAAGCUUGUGCAUUAAUUAUUGAUUACGUUGAAGAGACUCCUGAUUAUCUUAUCCCUUAUAAUUGGAAAUUACCCAUUGACCAGAACAAGUUUGCUAAAUACAAUUCGUUUAAACAGACACGUCAAACUCAACAAAGUAGCGGGUGCUGUAUAAUUAUGUGA